UAAACAUUACCUACUUUCGCUUUUGAAUGAAGCUGAGUUUGCAAAUUGAAGUGUCAAGUUGUAACCUGUAACCUAUCUAGCAGAAUUCUGAAAAUGGCAUCACGUUCUUUGAUUACCAAUACCUUCAAGUCUGUCAAGACUUCUAAAGGAAAAGAUAAAAAUAAACCAACAAAUGAUGGUCAUCCAAGCACAAGUAAAACAGAUGUAAAAGAUGAAUUGGAAAUAUUGAAGCAUUUUGAUGUCACAUUAGAGUUUGGUCCAUGUUCAGGUAUUACAAGAAUGGAAAGAUGGGAGAGGGCAGAUAAACAUGGCCUAAAUCCUCCAGUCAUUGUGAAGGAAAUCCUAGAUAAACAUUCUGAUGAUGAUGAAUACACAGAAUGUCUUUGGAAAGACUAUCCACUUUAAGGAUAUGAACAGAAAAUCCUCUCACCAUGAAGUGUUCCAAACAAGAGACAGAAGUGAACUCAAAUCAUUAUAAUAAUUUAUUGGUAUACAUGUAAAUUAGAAAUCCAUUUAACUAUUAAGUCUACGUUUCAGUCAUGAAAAUAUUUGUUUUCUUUUUGAUAGGGUGUCUAGUAAUCAGUUUUUCACUUUUUAUCAAAUAAGAUUGAUUUUAAUUUUAGUCCUUACUAAAAUAAUAAAUGUGAUUGCUAGUCGGGUAAAACUCAUUUUUAGCUGCUAAUUAUUCAUGUAAAAAUAUAGCAAAACUAUAACAUUAUAAAAAAUAAUAUUCACAAUGCAGUCUGAGUAGAACUAACAUGUUACAUAAGGUCAAGGCAUAGAUUUUCAAGAUCUGACACAUACUGUAUUUAUGGUACUUUCUAAAUACCCAUGUUCUUUAUUAGAUACAUGUAUAUGAAUUUGUAUCAACAAAUGCUUAAUGCUUGUCUUGUCUUCUUCUUUUUUUUUUUUUUUUUUAGAAAUACAUGUUUUUGUGCCAUAACAAGGACUUUAAUAAAAGUAAAAACAGCAUGUAGUUAAACUAAAUUUUCAAAGCUAUUCCAUACUUUUAUGGAGCCAAUUUUUUCAAUACUUAACAUCAUCAUUACAUGCAAUGUUUCAUAAAACAAAAUAUUCAAAAGCUACAAGCAUGUAGAAAAAAUGUAUUUUACAAAGUUCUUUUUCCAGAAAAAUAUAAUAUACUUGUUUUUGAAUUUUAAAACUUGUUCCAUUUUGAACUUGAGUAAAAGAUGGAAUUAAAGUAAUAUUAUAAUAUUACAGUUUUAUUUGUGACGUUAAUCAACACACUUGUUCUUUUUAUGCCCCUGUCGUCGUGGAGGGGGCAUUAAGUUUUACCCUUGUCCAUCCAUACGUCCCAAAGUUGGUUUCCGUUCUCUAACUUGAGUUUGCCUCUACCAAAUGUUAUGAAACUUAUACACAAUGCUUAUUACCACAAAACACAGAUCAAGUUUGAAUUUUGGUGGCGUCACUUUUACUGUUCUAGAGUUAUGCCCCUUUACAAAUGGAAAAAUUGCUGAAUUUUUCGUUUUCGUUCUCUAACUUAAGUUUGCCUCAACCAAAUGUGAUGAAACUUAUACACAAUACUUAUUACCACAAAAUUCAGAUCAAAUACAAAUUUGGGUAGCGUUACUUUUACCGUUCUUCAGUUAUGUCCCUUUAUAACUUUAUAUGAUAUGCAAGCUUUAUAUGAUAUCCACCUGGGGCAUCAUCUGUGUCCCAUGGACACAUUCCCCAUUUAUUUUAUUAUUGAAAUGACACAUUUUUGAUGUUAUAAGUUCAGUAAUAACAUUGUUAAACUCAGCCCUGGAUUACUACAGAAAACUUUUCACAGGUGGAGCUUUAAAAAAACAUUUUAACCAUUCAAUAAUACUUAUAAAUUCUAUACCAUUUGCAAUACAGUAUACUAAUAUGCUCUUUAAUGCACCAACUACCUGAUGACAGUUAUACCUACAAGACGACCUUUUCUGAUCUGAUCUUUCAUGUGCCCCUCCAUAAGAGAUGGAAUUUGAGACUUAGUUUUGAUAAAAAGUUCUGUCAAAUUAGUAUUGAGUAAAUUCAUAUUUAAAGGAUUUAGUCUCUUUUACAUGUUCUUUUACAAGCUACAGUAGUUCAAUUAACAAUUUUGUUAGUCAAACUAGAAUCAUGUUAAAUGCUUAAGUUUAUGUCUUGUAAAAGGAUGUCUAAUCUAAUGAACAGAAAAUGGUAAGACUAUCCACUUUAAGAAUAUGGACAGAAAAUCCACUCACCUUAAAGUGUUUCAAACAAGAGACAGAAAUAAACUCAAAUCAUCAUUAUAAUAUUGGUAUACAUGUAAACUUGAAAUCCAUUUAACCAUUAAGGUUAUGUGUCAUAUAUGAAAAUAUUUGUUUUUUUUUUGAUAGGAUGUAUAAGCAUGUUUAGACUUAUUAUAUUUAUGUAUACAGGAGUCAUAUUACAUACUUACUUGAUAAUUACACAUUUGUUAUGAUUGUUUAUUUCUAGAAUUUUUUUGUUGUGCUAUUUAUAGAUGUUUUUUUUCUAGAUUUUAUAUUAUUAGACUUUAAUAUAUUUUACAAUUAU